AGGAACCGGUCUUUUAAAGGGUUAAUUCUGGUCUGCAGAGACAGGACGAUGUUCAUGUCUGUGAAACUCAGGCCAAACCGCUCUAAGAAAUUCAAGUUCAGUUUCUUAAGGAAUGUUACAAAAGCUCCGGUGUACAUAUACAUCAUUGGAUUAAAAGUGGUUUUAUCCAGCAUUUAAACGGGGUUGGUCUCCUAAACACAAGGAAGAACAUUUGUCUGGAGUGGGUCAGUGCUCCAAAAAAGACAGGAAAAAAUGAGAUAAGGUUUUUAGACAUUUUGACAGGCACAGGACGACAUACAACGUGUCCGUAGGAGAUUUGAGUCCACGGGAAGGUUUGGAAGCAUGUCCUACAGCGACCAGACUCCGCCCAGUCCCAGCAGGACCAGCGGCAGUAGCUCUGGGGCACAGUAUGCUACUGCCGCGCUGGGCGUGGGCCUCAUCGCUCUGGGGAUAGUCAUGAUUGUGUGGAGCGUGGUGCCAGCAGCGUCCGUAGGGAACAGCUCUAGACCCGGCAUGGAUCAAGGUCAAUCUCGAGAGACCUCAUCUGUGGCGUUCGUCUUAGUAGGGGGAGGAGUGGCACUUCUGCUGCUGUCUGUGUGUCUGAGCGUACGGAACAAACAGCGGGCGGCCAGGGAACAGGAAGCCGGCAAUACACCCGCAAACACACAGGAGGAGGGGGCUACGAUGGAGCAACUAGCUCAAAACCACAUGGUCCCCACUUAUGAGGAGGUGGUAAUGAGUGGCCAGUAUCCCAUCACUCAGUCCUCUGAGCGGCACAACAGCAUCACCCAGCUGCCAGCCUAUGACGAACUAGAGGAAGAUCAGCACACUGUGGUGGAUGGAUUCAGCCCAGCACGCAGACCUUCAUCCCAAAUCGACCCCAGCACUGGAGCGGGUGGCCGAAGAAACAGCCGUCCUGGGCGCAAGCUGAUUCCCCUUAAAAUUAGGCGCAUAAAAUCUGACAACCUUAGAAGGAAAAGCUUAAGUGAUAUCCAGCAGAAUAACGUGUUCACCAUCGAACCCCUCACACCGCCUCCACAGUAUGACGAUAAGGUCCCUCCACUUCCUACAACCACACAACAGUGAGGCGUGCUGGAGGUUUACACUUACAUUAACUGCGGUGUGAAGUCUGCUUACCUCUUUUACAAAGUACUACUGCACUGAACUCCAUAUUACUCCUCUGGACAGGAUGUGCCACUGUCAGCAGCACAAAGGAGGCAGUAGUGUAUAAAGGUGGAGAG